AUGAGAUAUUAUUUGCCUGAGGAAGAAACCCUGUCGGCGUACUCCUGGAUGACAAGCAUCAGUAUGCCCCUGGUAAUGUGCUCCGGUGACACAUUCAUAUUUUCUCUGUGUCAUGCAAAAGGAAUCCUGUUAGUAGCUGGUUGGGAUGCGGCGGAGGAUCUGACGAGACAGCUCAUCGAUAUUGCUCCGGCAAAGGAUACCGGCGGAUGGCAACAUGACCUCUACAAGAUAUAA